GAAGUCCACAGUUCACCCUCGAUGUCCAUGAGAAGCGCCUGCUGCAUUUUAUAUAUGCAUUUUCUUCGGUCGGUCGGUCCAAGAGCGGAGCCCAUUUUGCGCGCUCGGGAUUAGUGACUUGGAUCAAAAUGUUUUCAAAAUGGGGCAUGUCAAUGCAAGGUUUCUACGUUCUCCUGAGCAUUUUACAAAUUGGAGUUUCAGAUGGCUUCCUGAACAUAUGUGGCUAUAUUGUCCCAGAGUCACCGGUAGUAUUGUCCAUUGGUUCCAAUUUUACAGCAUUUUGCAUUUUGCUUGAUGACUGUCAUUAUGGCAAAAUUGGUGCCGAGCAAGUUAUUUGGAAAACAAAGACAACAGUUGUCCCUAAAGAACAAUACAGCAUAAUAAAUAAAACUAUUUCUAGUGUAACCUUCAGUGAUACUUCUACAUUAGUUUCUCCUCUGACUUGCAACGCUGAGUUACCUGGCGGUUUGGUACAGAACAUCUAUGGAAUUCAAAUUCAACUGGGCUAUCCUCCCGAGAAACCUACAAACUUGAGCUGCAUUGUGAGUCAGACACAAGCAGGAUCCUUUAUUCAAAGAUGUUCCUGGGAACCUGGAAGAGAUACAUUAUUGAGCACUAAUUAUACUUUAAAGCAUAGGUGGCCAACUUCAGUACAUCCUGAUUGUAUACCUCAAAAUAGUAAUAAUUCCUGUACCAUUCCUGAUGUGGUUUUUUUUGUCACUUUGGAAGUGUGGGUAGAAGCCAAAAAUGAACUUGGAGCAGCUGAAUCUGACCACAUUGAAUUUGAUCCCGUAACUUGUGUGAAACCACUUCCUCCACACAAGCUGUCCCUCAAUUCAGGAAAAUUUCCUAAAAUCUUAAUGCUGUCAUGGGAAAACAGUUUGAAUGAACCUCACGAACUGAAAUAUAAAAUUCAAUAUAAGAUCUUGAAGAGCAAUGAUUGGAAUGAGAUUCCACCUGAAGAUACAGCUUCAACAAGAACUUCUUUUACUCUCCAGGAACUCAGACCAAAUACAGAAUAUCAAAUUAGACUGUGUUGUGCAAUUCAUUCGUCAAAGUACUGGAGUGAAUGGAAUGAAGUAAUUGGAUUCACUGCUGAAGACAAACCAUCGAAAGGACCAGCUCUUUGGCGUAACAUUGAAACUUCUGAUUCAAGAAAUUGGACGUUAGGCCUUCUUUGGAAGGAGUUGAGUCCUUCUGAAGCAAAUGGAGUAAUUUUGAAAUAUGAAGUAUCUAUUUCAGGAAGACCGCCACUUUCUUUUCCAACUAGACUUUACACUCUGAAUACAACCAAACUGAUUUUAAACGUAGAAAACAGGACAUAUGAUGUGAGCAUUACAGCAUUUAACAAAAUUGGUAAAUCUCCUACAUCAGUUUUGCUUAUUCCAGCAACUAAUUCAAAAGCUCCUGUGAAAAAUAUUGUUGCAUUUCCUGAAGAUGGCAAACUCUGGGUAAAUUGGACACCUCCCAAAGAGUCAGUUAGUAAAUACAUAAUUGAAUGGCAAGAAGCAUGUAGCAAUUUAAGCUGUCCUACUGAAUGGCAGCAGGAACCUGGCUCAAAACGGAGAACAUUUUUAAAAGGAACCAUAAAGCCAUACAAGUGUUACAUAAUAACAGUGCAUCCAUUAUAUAUUGGUGGUCAAGGAGCAGGAGAAUCAACACAGGCCUAUCUUAAACAAGAUGUGCCUGCUACUGGACCCUCUGUUCGAACAAAGAAACUUGGAAAGUUUGAAGCUGUUUUAGAAUGGGAACCUCUUUCAGUGGAAGAGCAAAAUGGGUUUAUCAAAAACUACACCAUUUCUUAUAGAACAGCGACUGGAGAUGAAAGAGUUGUGGCUGUGGACCCUUCAAAAACGGAGUAUCUACUAUCAUCCUUAUUAAGUAACACUUUGUAUAUAGUGCAUAUGACGGCAUAUACAGAAAGUGGGGGGACAGCUGGUUCUCAGUUUACGUUUUCUACCAAUAGAUUUGAGGAUGGAGAAAUAGAAGCAAUUGUUGUUCCUGUCUGCAUAGCAUUUCUUCUAGUUACUUUAGUGGGUGUAUUAGUUUGUUUCAGCAAACGAGAUAUGAUUAAGAAACACAUCUGGCCUAAUGUGCCUGAUCCUUCAAAGAGUGUAAUUGCUCAAUGGUCACCGCAGACACCAGCUAAGCAUUUUAAUUCAAAAGAGGAAAUGUAUCCAGAGGGCAGUUUUACUGAUGUCAGUGUUGUAGAAAUUGAAGCUGAGGACAAGAAAUCCCUUUCAGACCAAGAUCUGAAGCCUUUUGACUUGCUUAGAAAAGAGAAGAAUGCCUCAGAAGGUCACAGCAGUGGAAUAGGCGGCUCAUCCUGCAUGUCUUCUCCUCGGCAAAGUGUUUCCGAUAGUGAUGAAGGGGAACCUGCUCAGAACACUUCCAGCACCGUCCAGUACUCAACUGUAAUACCCAGUGGCUACCGGGAUCAAAUUCCUUCAGUGCAAGUCUUUGCCAGGUCUGAAUCUACACAGCCUCUCUUAGAUUUAGAGGAGAGGCCGGAGGACCAACAGUUGCUUGUAAAUGACAGUGCAAUGCCCAAGCAUCGUUACUUCAAGCAAAAUGGUAGCUGGGAUGACACUGCCACAGAUUUUGAAAAAGUGGAACAGAUUUCUCCAGUAAGUGAGGAAGAUACUACCAGGCUUCCAGCAUCACAAAUGGGGGAAUCUAGCCCAGACACAGAUAAACAGGGAAUGGACUUCGUAGGUGCAUUUUCUCCUAACCUAAUGGAACAGGCUGGGCAGCUUGAAAACAACACAGAUAUGGUAACCAAUGAAGAGGUGCCCAAAAGCUACCUUCCACAGACUGUACAGCAAGGUGGUUAUAUGCCCCAGUGAAAAGAAAAUACUGUUAUGGCAUUGCUCUGAUAAGUUAAAUAGUUUUUUAAAACCAUGCUUCAGGUGAAAAUCAGGCUCAUCUAUGGAAGCUAAUUUGGACAAGGUGGAAUUUGGGAAAUUUGAAUAGACUUUUAAAGGAAAAUUUCUAGACUUCUACUGAAUUUUUCCUUCAAGCACUACAUAUAUUCAACUUCAUUGAUAUGUUUAUUACAUUUCAGUUGUGUCCUGGGCAUUCCACUUUAUUUUUAAUGUAGAAUAUAAAGCUGCAUUCAUUUUCAUGAAGACAUACAAGCCAGGAGUUGAUAAUUGCAAAUACUGCCCUGCACUUAAGACCAUAAGAGGUUAAACUGUACAUUACGAAUGUUCCAUUUGUGAUUGUCUAGCACCGACAUUUGAAAAAUAGUGUUUUAACUACAGUGAGAGUUAUCCAGAAGCAAAUAGUUUACUGCCUAUCUGGCCAAACAUAAAUGCUUCAGGCAGAAUAUAAACAUUACAUGGGUCUAGGAUAGCCCCAUAAUUAACUAACUAAAACUGUUUUGUUUGCUUGGGCUCUUUCUCUGACUGUAGCAUGUUAUUUGUGUCAGAUAAGGACUGUAUUAAUUGAGUGAAUGAUCAACUAAUUGAAUCAUCAUCAUGUCAAAAAGUUGACUGCUAAUAUUUCAUGUUGACUUUUGACUGCCAGUAUUUUCAUGCCUUUGGAUCUUGCACUUUGAGCCACAUCUGCAGAAAUGUAAAUAGUACAUUUGGAACUCAAUCCUAUAAAGUUAAAUGAGUGUAUGCUUAUUUUUAUUACCAUAUAAUCAUAAUUAGGGGGCAAUUGUUAUUAAAGAGGAAUAUAUACCAUUCUUUCGUUAACUGCUAAAUGCCAGGUUCGGGCAUUACAUUGUGUGCAUAAUUAUGAAGGCUGGAAACUAUGCAGCUGAGUUAUUGAAGACACCAUGCUGAGCUGUGGACUGUUUUUCAGUUCAGUUCUCUCCUACCUAUGAAGAAAUUUAUUCAGUUCCUUUGGUUCAUACUAGUUUAUUAAAAAUAAUUCCCACAAUGCAUUACUAGCCUGAAUGUCUUUUGAUGCAGUCCAGGAACACUAAAGUAUAAAAAUUAAAGCUUAUUUGAUUGGGGUUUUUUAAAUAAUUUCAGUAUGUGUAUAUAUUAAAACUUUAUAAAUCAUCACCGUGUUCAUUUUCAUGUUGCUCUUUUUCUUCAGGAGUGUAUUAUCAGUAUUAUCUGGCAUUUAUACAGUAGACAAGCUGAUAAGUUAUACAACACAAGCUCAAAAUAUAACCACAAAUAUAUUUAAUCAUUUUCAAAGUUUCAAGUGUAAAAUUGACUCUGAACAUGGAUGUAUUCUUGCCAUAGCCUUAAAGUGGCCUGAUCUUACUCUGCUUUUUUUGCACCUGUCAUCCUUGGAAAUGAAGUCAAUGCACACCUAGUUAAUCACAAAUUUAUUAUGAUUUGGCUUUUGAGUUUGUUUUCUCUUUCUCAGGAAUUCAAAUCACUUUUUGAAAAUUAACAGUUUGAUGCCUAUUCAUUGAAAUUAUCCUACACUGAAUCCUCGAAAAUGAGCAGAAAUUGUUAAUUGAUGAAAAUGAAUCUAUUUGUAAACAUAAUCCACAGUUCUUGCCAAGUUGUUCUCAAAUCUUGGACGAAAAAUUUCCAAGCACAAUGGAGAAAUUAUUGACUCCCUAUCUUAUGGGGUAGUCAGUCCAUUAUUUUGUAUCUGUUUACAUCGAAUUAAAUGUCAUUGCUGUAGGUGAAAGCACCUUUCAAUGUUUUUUUAAUAGCAGUUCUUAGCUGCUUAUCUGAACCUUUAUAUUUUUGAAAGUUUUCAGUCUACCAUAUAAGCAAACCAUUUUGAACAUUUUUCCUCUUAAAUACAGAAGCUAAAAGUCACCAAUUAACUUUAGAAUUUCUAUAUUCUAAUUGUGGAAUGCACCAAGAGCUUUCAUUAACAUUACACAAAAACACCAUUAUCUAAAUUGGAGAAUGCUAUAUGACAUGGUGUUACUCAAAAAAAAAUUACAUCACAAUGAUGUAACUUCAAAUAUAUAAGAAUGGUGCUCAGAAUUGUAUUACUUCCUUAUGAUUUCUCCAAUCUUUUGACCACCUGUAUUAAUCUCAUAGAUUCUUAGGUGGAAAAUCUUUACAUGGUUAAUUCUCAUUUUCCGUAUACAGUAUAAUAUAAUUGCUAGCAUGCAGAGCAUUUUCUCAAGUUCACAAUUACUAUCUUAAUCUGGAAAAUGAGCAGAACAUUGUGACAAUGUCUCAAAAAUCCCCGCUAGCAAAGGGAUGGAAAAGGGGCUGGUUUUAUUGUUUGUUUAAUUAAAGUACCACCUUUCAAGCUGGCUUAAUUUUUUUUUUAAUGGCCUUCAAACCAAGUUUCGCUGAAGAGGCUUCCAAUCUGAGCAAGUCUCAGUGUAUUGGGCUUUGUUUCCUAAAGAUGGAUUCUCCCAUGGAAAAAUUUGAUCAUGGAAGCCGAGACAGUCAGCCUCAGUUCCCUCCUUCAAGAUUGGUGUUUUUCCUGAACUCCAAGGAGGAAAACCCAUCAGCCAUAUGACUCUUGCUGGAACAGUACUUUUUUCAAACUUGGCAGCUUUCCAAUGAAUGGAAAAUUGGCUGGGGAAUUCUGUGGUUGAAGCCCCCUCAUCUUAAAGUUGCCAAGCUGGAAAAACAUAAGACUGUCACGGGACAUAUUUCAGCAUAAAUAUAUUUUUACAAAUUCAAUUUAUUUUAAGCCUCAAUUUCUUUAUUACUUCGAAACAAUUACCUAUCAUGCCAAUUAUUUUUUUAAAUUAAGCAUUUACCCCAGUGUUGGAACUGGAACUCAAUUCUUUUUGUUGUAAUUUAUAUCAUGAUAUGUAGCCCUUGGUUUUACCAUUAUUGUGAUAAUCCACUCAAGUUGACUUGGUUCAGUUCUGCUAAUCGUCAAAUAAAUUGAAUGUUGGAUUGUAAAAUUCUAAUUGCCUGUGACAAUAAAUUAGGUAACAUAUACAACAUUUUUAA